CCUCAGGGCCCACCUGUGAGGUCAGCGCCUGCCACUGAGUUCCGCCCAGAGGUGUGUGUGGUCAGGCUGGAGGCCGGACAUGGCCUCCGGGCCCCAGCCUGACUUCUGCCUGCUUGGCAGCCCCCUGGGCCUGAUAUGCUGGUCCCUUUUGAUCCGGGCUGCAGGUGCUGCUCCUGCCCCAGCGCCACCCUCGCCAGGCGCGGCCUGUUCUAGGAUUCACACCUGCCUUUGUCCCCCCAGUGAGACAUGCACAGGAACCAUGGACAGCAGUUUGGUGCAGGAGGACCACCUGGACCUGCAAACGGUGCACGUGGAGUCCCACCACAUGGACGCCAACCUGGAGCUCUCCCUGGAGGACCAGGGCCUGGUCACCAUUCCCAUGGACCCCGCCCAGGCCCUGGAGGAGCCUCUCUGCCCACCGCUGCCUGAGUAGGCGGUGGCCGCAGGGGGAGGGAAAUGAAAUCGUAUUUACUGUUC